GCAUCACGGCAGCGGCCGCCCGGGCCGCGCGGGAGCGCUCCGCCGCGCUGAACGAGCGGGCCUCUUCGGGCGACCUGCCCGCGGCGGAGCGGGAGCUGCUUCGGCUCGCCUCUGGCCGCGCCCGCGGCGGCGCCUGCGGCGCGGGCACGCUGGAGAGCUCAACACGCUGCUCAAGGCCUGCAGUAACGUGCCGGAUCUGGACCGGGCAGUGGCAUGCGGUGGCGGAAAAUUUGCCCAUCGGCGUCCGGGUCAACGAGAAGACGUUCGGUAAGCUGAUCAAGGCGGCCGCCAGGAGCGGCCGGGCGGAGGAGGCGGCGGCGUGGGCGGUCGCCAUGGCGAGGGAGUUCGCGAGCAGCGCCGUCGCGCUGAGCACCGUCAUCGACGCGUGCGCGCGGGCCGCGCGGGCGGACGAGGCGCUGGCCCUCUUCGCGGGCCUCCGGGGCGCCCGCCUGGAACCCGACGCGGUCGCGCACUCGAGCGUGCUGAAGGCGAUGGCGCGGGCCAGCGACCCGGGGGCCCGUUGGAUUGGCUCGCCGGCAUGGAGGCGGCCCGCCAAUCCCCGGACAUCGUCGCCUGCAACACCGCCGUGCACGCGUGCGCGCGGGCCGGGCUGGCCCACGAGGCCGUGGCGGUUCUGGAGCGGGCGAGGCGCGCGGGGCUGCGGCCGACCGUGGUGA